AAUUACAUCCCCGGCCAGACGGAUGGAAGCGUGACGAACGCAAGAGCGGAUUGUCAAGGAUUGCUGCCAAGAACGCCAACACUGUCAACAGCACGUGAAGGGUGGCAAGUCUCGUGGCCUCAGACGGCUCCACCGUUGUUAUAUCUCACUAACUGCAUUGUGGAAACCUGGAGACAAAUCUAUCUUUUUACUAGAAAUGGAGAGCAGUGAAUCAGAUGACUCGACAGGCAUAAGGCAACAAACUGAAGAAGAAACAACUGCUGCUAAUUUAAAUGAGGACAGUGAAACAUGCCAGGAUGAAGAGGCCAAAGAAAAGACCAAAGACUUGAUCAGCACAAAUAAUGGAACAGAAUCCAAAAAACUGUCUAAAAGACAGCUGAAAAAGUUUAAUAAACGUAAAAAAUGGAUUGACUCUAAACAUGAACGGAAAAGGAGAGAAAAAGAAAAACUGCGUCAGCGCCUGGAGGCCAAACGUGCAGCUGGUGAACCAUGUGGCAACAUCAGGAAACGGCUUAAGGAGGUGACUAUGGCUGCUAGUAAUUGUAAACAACGAGUUGCCAUUGAUAUGUCAUUUGAUGAUCUUAUGAUAGAAAAACACCUGUCGCAGUGUGUCAAGCAAAUUAGCCGGUGUUAUAGUGCUAACAGGAGGGUGUCAGAUCCAAUGCAGCUUUAUGUAACCAGCUUUGAGGGAAAAUGUGAAGCUGUUAUGGCUAAACAAAAUGGUUACAAGAAUUGGGAUAUUUUUUUCAAGCCUGAGUUUUACAUGGAUAUUUUUCCAAAGGAAGAGAUUGUUUACCUUACUAGUGAGUCAGAAAAUGUAAUCACAUCUCUUGAUGUUACAAAAGUCUAUGUUAUUGGUGGACUGGUAGAUCAUAAUGGUCACAAAGGACUUUGCUUUAAUCUGGCUGUUGAGAAAGGUAUCAGUCAUGCUAAACUUCCAAUAGAUGAUUUUAUUGAGAUGAAGACUCGUAAAGUAUUAACUAUCGAUCACGUGUACAGGAUUUUGCUUGGGGUUACCACUGGAAAGUCCUGGGAGGACUCUUUCCUUUCUGUUAUUCCAGCCAGAAAAGGUGCCACAGGUAAAGUUACUGGCACUGAAAACGAUGUAAAUGAUGACAGUGAGGAAGAAAAAGAUGUUAUACUUCCAAUAAAUCAAGAAUGUGAAAUUGCAAAAUCAGUGGAGAGUUUAGGUAAAAGUAACGAAAAUGGAAAUAGUUGAAAACUCUAAUUGGGAUUACACCAACUUGUGCUGUGAAUUAAACUAUUGGCUGAUGGGAAAUGUGUCCCACAUUUUCAUAUUUUCUCUGGAGGGUUUGAGCCAGGCUGUAUCCUGUGAAAUUUUUAUACAAUACUUUCAAUUGUGCAAAAAUACUGUACAGUAAGUACAGUAUGUGUCCCCUAAUUUUAUGACAGCAGGCAAUUAUUAAUGGGUGUAAAAUUUUCACUGGUAUUAUAAUGCACUCAUAGGAAUCUUUGUCUGGCUAAUAAAUCCAGAAAGAUUGUGAAAUUGCAAAUCCUGUAGUAAAUCAUUUCUGGAAAAAACCGUAGCUCAUGCUGUCCCUAGCUCAAACACUGUAUAUUGGCUGUCAAUUCAACAUGGAAAGCAUUGUACCUUAUUGCAAUUAUUAUUUAAACUAACCAUGAGUUCAUCUUGUGUAACAUACAGUUAACUAGCUUGCAUGAGAAUUUGAGGGACAUGUUAUUUGCUCAGAUUCUUUAAUUAUAGAGUACUAUUUUUAAGAUUUGUAAUAGUGUACUGUAUUAACUAUUAGCCACACCACUCUAAAUUCUCCAGACAUGUAAAAUGGAAGCAAAUAAUAAUUGUCCUAAAAUUAUUUUAGGAUAACUACUGACUCAUUUUACAUAUUGUACUGUAUAUGAUGUACUCUGCUGUACUGUUCAGUCUUUGGAAUUCAUCAUUACCUUAUUUUUGUGAUGAUAAAAUACUGCACAGUGUAUCCUUAACUUUUCUAGUGUGAAUUUAACAAAAAUCCUUGAUUUGAUGAAAAGAAUUUGCCGUCUAGCAACCAAAUUGUGAUUUCAUGGAAUAAGUGCAUACUUGGCCUUGGGCCAAAAUGUUAUAACUAAUUACCAAGUGUUUAGAAAAUAUUUACUUAUUCAAAAUUUUAAACUCUUCCUAGGCCUUUAUUAGUAAAUAUCUCAUCCAGUAACUACACUUAGGUAAUUACACACACAUACGCAUCCCCAGGAAGCAGGCCGUAGUAGUUGUCUCUCGGGGUACCUACUUACAGCUUGAACAGAUGUAUCAGGUGAAAGAAAAUGUCCAUUUGUUUCUGCCUUGGCAGGGAAUCGAACCAGGAAUGUGUGUGCAUGUAUAUAUACCGUACACGCACGCACACACACCAGAGGCCUACUGUGUUUGAAGAUGUAAUAAAAAUGCUUUUCUCCCUGCACUGGCAGUGUAACCUCUUAUUGUUUAAAGUAUUAAUAUAUUCAGUCAUAUAUUUUUCUUUAUAUAUUUCAUAGUUACCUUUUCUACUAAAAAAACCAAUCACCACUAGUAGUCUGGCUAAAUUAUAUAGGGCAAGAUAUGGUAUCUUAUAAUGAUGGGUUUAAAAGCAAAAUUGAUUUGAGAAAAUAAGAGCGAAUAUAAAUGUUGUGUUUUCAGCCACAUUAUUACGACAUAUUCUCUGCAUAAAGAUGUUAGUGAAGGAACACAGUAAUAACUAUGUGACCCAUAAGUAGAUUUAAUUUAGGAAACUUGCACUGAAGAAAUUGCAGAAUUUUAUCAAUUAAGAAAUCUUUAAGAAUAUUCUGAAAGGGAGCUAAGAACGAAACAGGAAGAUAUAUGGAAUCUCUUCAACAGAAAGCCCACUACUGCCAGUUUUUUAUGUUUGUGUGUAUCUUAUCUAUUAGUAAGAACUGAAAUACUGGGCCUAGUAGGUAAAGCUAUUUUAUUGUGUCUUAUGUACAGUGCUUAAAUAUAUUUUUAAACACAAUAAGCCUACUUGCCUUAAUUACUUGUGUAUGUAUGUAUAUAUACAGUAUACUGUACUAGCUUUA